CGUUCUCUUUCUGGCCAUGGCCCGCAGCGCCGCGUGCCGCGUGGUGUCGCCAUGCGCGCGGUGCCCGCGAUCUUCCGCAGCAAAACAUGGCGCUUGGGUCUGCGACACGUCGCCACGGAGUUGGAGGUGGCUAUGGCCCGGGUGCGCCGUAUGGAGAGCUGUGGGCAGUUGCUGCGCUUCGCGGUGAAGAACGAGGACGCGGACCUCGCUGUGCUGCAGACGGUGCUGCACCAGCUGAUCCUUCUACAGCGGCUUAGCGGCUGGACGCUGGAGCGGCUCAGUGGGGACGGCCGCUUUCAAGUGCUGGUGAACACGCUGAGCACCCGCUGCGCGGACUGCGACGGCCACACCCUGGCGCUGCUCGCGGACUGCGGGGCGCGCCUGGCGCGGGCGCCGGCAGUGCGGGGCCUCAUGGAGCGCCUGGCGGAGGUGGCAGCACAGCGCCACAACGCCCUGAAGCCGAAGGACCUCUCCAUCGUGGCUGUGUCGUCGGCCACUAGCCGAGUCGGCCAGCAUUCGCUCGCGCCGUUUGUGCGAGGGGAGGCCAUGCGCCAGAUGCAGGACUUCAACGUGGGGGGCUGCCUGCGGGUGGUAGAGGCCUAUCGGCGCUGGGGGGUGGUGGACCCGCAGCUCACACAGAUGGCCCUGGAGCGAAUCCAGGACCUCCAGGAGGAGCUGAGCAACAAGGACGUCCAGGAGCUCUUGGAACUCUUGGCGCGCCUGGGUUUGGCGCCCGACGGGCUGCUGAAAACCGUGUGCCAGAUGACCUUCCGAAGCCUCUGGGCGUUCACGGCACGGCAGCUGGCGUCCGUGACCCACUCGCUCGCGAAGCUGCGGUUCCUCAGCCCCCGUGACUUUGAGGAGAUCCUGGACGCUCUGACGCCGAAACUGGGCUCCCUGCCGGGCAGAGACGUGGCCAGGCUGCUCUUCGCCUGGGCCCUCCAAGACCUCGGCGAGCUGCGGCCGGAGCUGCAGCGGGUGCUGGCGGUUCAGUAUGCGAGCUGCGAUGACUAUGAUCUGCUGUCGGAUCUCGACGCCGCUUGGGCGCUGUGUGUGCUGAACCUGUCCGACAAGUACAGCGAGGUGCUGGUGCGGCUACGGCAUGCGCGGACCCGGGACGUGCACGCGGGUGCCCUGGUGCAGUUGCAUGAGGUCCUGAGCUACAAAUCGGAGUCCCUCGCCGCCCGCGCCGCUGUGAGGCAGGCGGCGCGGCAUGCGGCGGCAGCAGAGGCCACCAGGCUCGCAGCGUCCCCGCUGCAUGAGCAGGUGGCGAGGACCUGGCGGAAGCUGGGCCUGUCCUGCGAGCGAAAGGCGCCGUGCGGGCCCUUCGUCGUGGACUUCCUCGAGCCCAGGUCUCAGCUGGUGGUGGACGUGGACCUCUUGAGCUGGCCGGUGACGCGGACGCUGCGCCACCGAUACCUCCAAGCCCAUGGCUUCCGGACGGUGUGUUUGCCCUACUGGGACCUGAAGGCCAUUCGCUCGGACACGGACCUUGAGUGCUUCAUGCGCCUGCAAACGGCACGUGCGCUGGAGGAAAAAGAGGGGAAGUGCGCCAGGGAGAGGCCUGCAGAGGCGGUGGCACAGAAGAUUGCGGAGCAGGCAGCCGAGCUCCAGCGGUGCCAAGGGGAGUUGCGGGCCAAGUGCGAGGAGGCGACGGAGCUUGAGGGGCGCCUGAAGGCCCAAACUGCCGAGUUGCGGAAGUGCCAACAGGAGCUGGGCUGCGCGCAGGUCCACUGUGACAGCCCGGAUCUUUGCUUCAGAUGGAUGGAGGAGGGCCCCCUGCCUGGACAGCUGGGCUCCGCCAGAGGAAUGAAGCAGCUGAGGCAGAGCCUGGCCACCACCCGGGGCCCUGCGCAGCUGUGUGUGGGCCCUCCUCCGGCGGAUUGGAAGGUGCUGCUGCAGCUGCGGCUGCGGCGCGCGGGCUGGGAGCCGGCGCUGCUGCAGCUCACCAGCGAGGACUCAAGCUUCCUUGGCCUGCUCUGGCCGACGAGCGAGUGACGGGCACCAAUCGCUUUCCCAGAAACUCUGGGGAACAAAGCGAGCUGGAACAGGGUCCCUUAAAGGAUACAUUUGGGCCA